AUGGAACGGUCAAAGCGCCUUGGGGCCUUCUGGGCUCUCAACUUGUCUCUUCUUCCAACUGUGCUGGCUGCCAGUUGCAGCGAGCUGGCCGGCAGCAUUUACACCGGCCCUAACAACAACAAAUUCGAUAUAUUAUGCGAUACUUCUACAAUUGGCGGGCACAUCACUGCCUAUUAUUCUCAGGGAGACGAGUUUCAAGAUUGUGUGAAUCGAUGCGACGAUGACGACACUUGUCUUGCUGCAUUGUACCUAGGCUCAAGCGGCGACUGUGCUUUGAUAGACAGCUAUACGAGCACUAGGUCGUUCACUGGUAACGAUCUUGCUAUCAGGAGGGCAGCGCCUGAGACGACUUCGACGGAGGCUGCUUCGACUGAGGCUACUACUUCUGAGGCUCCUACAUCGACAGAUGCUACUACAUCAGCGGCCACGACAUCUACGGAGGCUACUACUUCUACAGAGGCUAUUACCUCAACAGAAGCUACUACUUCAGCGGAAGCCACUACGUCAGAGGCCACUACAUCAGAGGCCAAUACAUCAACUGAAGGCACUUCGACAGAAGCUACUACAUCAGUGGCUAGUACUGCAGAGGCCUCAACAUCGGAAGCUGCUACAUCUCAGGCAAUAACAUCAGACACAUUAACGGCAUCAGCGACGUCAGAGACUUCGUCGAUAUCUUCAGCAUCUGUAUCAUCAGAAGAAACAACAUCAGCAUUGCCAUCUACAUCAGAGCCUUUGUCAACAUCUGCAGCGGUAUCAACAACCUCACAGCUGUCGUCGUCAGCGGAAUCUACAUCAGAGACCUCCGCUUCUGGGGAGUCCACUACAGCUACUACCGCCACUACAGAUUCAUUGUCUAUCAGCACCUCUAGUGCUGAGACAUCAACCGAUGAUUGUGAUGACGAGACGUCAUCCCUUGAGACCUCGGCUACUGUGACUACAUCUUCAGCAACAGGGUCCGAGAUACAGUCAACGACCUCAACCACUGACAACCAGAGUUCCCCCACCACGACCAAUGAAUCAUCUGAGGUUUCUACCUCUGCUACCUCUGCUACCUCAACUGCGUCAUUGUCAUCUUCUCUGACGACAACAGAAGGUCAAGCUUCUCUAUCAACAUCUCUUCCAACCUCUGUUACAAGCCAAGCAGGCUCCUCUCUGCCUGCAUCUUCAGGUACUACAGUGGCUCACCCUUAUACCACCUAUAGCCAGGGAGCCUCCUCAUCCAGUUCUUCGUCUUCUGGAACCACGGAGGUUGGCUCCAAGACAAUUUCUACCUCUGGUGCUACUAUCAAGACAACAUCUGGAAGUCAUAUUCCAACACCUUACCCUACUGCUUACAACGUCUGGACUGUUUAUCUGACUUUGGUCGAGUAUGUCACUUGCAGCACUGGUGUAGUUACCGAGACAGUUACUACCUCCACAUGUGUCACGGUUGGUAGUAACGGUGGGAGCUAUGGACCUCCAGUGAUUACAACACCUGCUGGAUGUAUUGGAGGUUAUCAAGUUGAUGCUAGCGGCCAUAGCUAUCCCGUGGCACAACCUACAAAGGGUUCUCCGGCCAACUCACCAGGUGGCGAGUAUAGCCAGCCAUCUGUUCAUCCUGUACCGGGAUCGCCAGGCAACUUUCCAUCGGGCUAUGAGACCGGCAAGCCUCAUACUCCUACGCCAGCUGCAGAAUCGCAUGGAAACUCCCAGCCAGGACAGGGUGAUAAGCAACCUUCUGUUCCUGGUCAAGGUUCACCAGAGCCCAACAACAGCGAGCCUCAGCAGCCACAAGGUGGUGCUACCCAGACAGCUAUCUCUUCGUACCAAUCUGGUGCCUCAGGAAAUCCUUCACCGUCAUCGGCUACUCAUCAGGGUCAGCAAGGCAUCUCAACGACUUUCACUACCGAAGCAAGCGUUACCGAGAUGCAGGUACCCAAGUCCACGCACAGUGGCUCAUCGGAAGCUGGAGAGGCACCAUAUACACCAGUCGGUGUUUCCGGAGCCAACGCACAUCAGUUCAAGGUUUGGACAUUGGCCGCUGGAGCCCUCCUGGGGCUCGGAAUGUUGUUCUAG